GAGGUGGCCAUCAUCAAGCAGGCGCUGGGCAAGGUGGUGCGGUCGGUCGCGGAAGACUUCCGCCAGGUGCAGGCGCAGCUGCUCCAGGAGCUUGGCGGCAUGCUCAAGGGCGUCGAGGCUAGCGGAGGGCCUGCCGCCGCUGCUGCUGCUGGCGCUGCGGGUGCCGCCAGCUUCGACAUGGUGAAGAUGGGCGUCGGCGGACCUCACCCCCGUCCUCGACGCCAUCCGGGAGACGAGGACCCGUGUGAUCGAGGUGGACCUGUCGUCCGUCAUCGAUGAGGUGCGCAAGAGCAGAAACUCGAUAGACUUCUCGCCAGUUCUCGCGGAGAUUCGUCGCCAUGACGACGGCGCAGGCUUGUCUGGAGUGAGCGAGCUUCUCCAGCAGGUAGUCGUCGAUUUGUCUCAUAUGCGGGAAGACGUGAGCAAGCUGCAGCAGAGGGCUCCCCGGGAUGUACAGCUUCCGCGCCCGGAUGGCGGAGACAUCGGCCGCGGCGUCGACCUGGCUCCCCUGCUGGCAGAGCUCGAGCAGCUGAGGUGUGAGCAGGCCAGGAUCGGGGUGGACUUGCCGAGAGCCCUCCAGGAUCUGAGGGAGAGCCAGGGCGCCAUUGACUUCUCCCCGGUCCUAGCAGAGAUUGCCAAAGUGGGGGCCAGAGCCAGCGCCAUUGACCUGUCUCCGGUGCUGGCAGAGCUCAACCAACUCAAGGCUAGUAUCGGAGAGGACUUGCCGAGAGCCCUCCAGGAUCUGAGGGAAAGCCAAGGCAACAUAGACUUCUCACCAGUCCUGGCAGAGAUUGCCAAAGUGGGGGACGGCGCCAUUGACUUGUCUCCUGUGUUAGCAGGGAUCGACCAACUCAAGGCUAGUAUUGGAGAGGACUUGCCGCGAGCCCUUCAGGAGCUGAGGGAAAGCCAAGGCAACAUAGACUUCUCCCCAGUCUUGGACGAGACCGCCAAACUGACUCAGGAUCUGAGGGAAAGCCACGGCAGCAUCGACUUUUCCCCAGUCUUGGACGAGAUCGCCAAACUGACUCAGGAUCUGAGGGAACGCCACGGCAGCAUAGACUUCUCCCCAGUCUUGGACGAGCUCGCCAAGCUGACUCAGGAUCGGAGCGAAGGCCACGGCAACACAGAUGUCCGCGCGGUCUUGAGCGAGGCUGCCAAACUGACUGCCGGAAGCACAGUGGAUUCCAAUGGCGUCCAGGCUGGCGAGCACGCCACGGGCCGUGCGAGUCUUCAGCAAGCCAUGCUCGAGAUAUCUCGCAUGCGUGAUGAGAUGGGCAGCCAGCAGGCGGGGCUCCGUGAUGAUGCCUCCAGUGUGGCCGAUGAGAGCAAGGACGGCAGGAGGCCUGGCGAUCUUUCCCAUCUUCAGGCAGAGAUCGCUCAGUUGAGAGCCGACGUCAUUGAUGAGAUCGAGAAGCUCAAGGACAGAAGUGGCGCCGACUUCAGAGGCGAGGCGACCCUUGCAGAACUCACGACCCAGAUGUCUGGCAUUCGCGAGGACGUGGCCAGUCUACUCGAGGAGGCGAGGAGCGAGAUGCCCAGCGCGGACGGCAACCUUUCCGCCGUCCUCGAAGACUUGAGGCGCAUCAGGGAGGCAGUAGAGACGGACCUGCCCAGGUUCGUCACGGAGCUGGUAGAGAACAACCAGCCGUCCGUGGAGAUCAAGGUUGACGACUCCUCGCUGCUCGAGCGGGUCUGGGUCGACGUGCAGUAGCCAACGUGCUGAGAUCAGGAAUCGAGCUCCCUCGAGGCGCUCCCUGACGCGCGCGGUCUGCGGAGGCUGGCGCGGCGGCCGUUUGCUCGGCCAAGCCCGCGCAGACCGCGGCCAGAAAGAGCGCCGCGGGGCCCCCGCCGCGCAGCCGUCGGAGCGCAGCAGGCCUUCUCGGCGUGUCUCCCCCCCUCUCGGGGCCUCCAGCGGGGCCCCACGGCCACACUGGGGCCCGCAGUGUGCCAUCGGCUGCGCGCGUGGCGAGCCCGCA